AUGAUGCGACUAUUCUUCCACGUCGUCGCAGCUUUAGCACUAGUCACAGACUCAAUUGCUUUGCCAUGUGUACAAUACGGAGCUCCUGUAGGAUUUCCCGAUAAUAAGACGCCGUUCUCGACCAUAGGUGCAAGUACGAAUGGUAUGAGGCUUUUUUGCGUCUACACACGUUUUGGCAAACGCCUUGAUGCCAUUGCGGUGAGAUAUAAAGAUGCUUCACCUUAUCCUUAUGUUUAUGGCGGUGAUGGCGGUAGAUACGCUGAAUUCUGUAUUGAUGACAACGAAAUCAUCCAGAAUGUCACCAUCCGGUCUAAUAGCAAAGCUAUUGUGUACUUGAGGUUAGAUACCUCCCUAAGCCGCGUGCUUGUGUUAGGCACUCCGAGGGCAGAGGAGGAUUUGGUAUUUUCAGCACCGGACGAUAUGGAACUGAAUGGCUUUUAUGGCUACAAGAAUCACGAAGUUAAAUCACUGGGUGUCAUUUGGUCAACUUGUGGUUGUCAAGAGAACGGCUACGGUGGCUACGUUCCAGGUACAGUACAUGAUUAA